AUGGCCCCCUCAAUCCUCAUCGCCAGCGCCACGGGCAACACCACAGAGACCCUCUCCCAGCUCCUGCAGGCCCCCGACUCCCCCUUCCACACCCACCGCAUCCUCGCCCUCACCCGUUCACCAACCAGUCCCGUCGCCCAACACCUCGCCUCCCUCCCCUCCGUCUCCGUCAUCGAGCAAUCCUAG